AUGGCAACUGCAGUAACCACCACAGCAGCUGCGAUCCUUCCCUCAAUCCAGGUAAAAGUCAACUACAAUGAUUGCAAAGAGAUUAUUCGUGAUUUCAUUCAAAAUUUCAAAGACACAACUAUAGACAUUGAUGAAUUGGAAAACAACGAUGAAGAUGAAGUACCUCUCCAUCAAGGUAAAUACAUGAACAUUUUACAACGAGUGGCCAAUCGAGAAAGCACCACCGUAUAUGUUGAAUUUGACGACUUGAAAAAGUUUUUACAAAACUUUGACGCUGAAUCCACCUCAAUCUAUCAAGAACUGAGACACUUGUUCAACACAAUAAUGGUAAAUACUCACCGAUUUUUGGAAAUUUUCAGUGAUGUUAUUGAUCAAUUGAUGCCGGAGCCAACAAGAGAUGUGUCUUAUCAAGAUGAUGUUUUGGAUGUUAUUUUAAGUCAAAGACGAAUUAGAAACCAGCGUGUCGAACAAGAGGCAUUGGAUGAAUUGAACCAAUUAAGAGAUGGCAUUUCACAGCCUACUGAUCAAGAGAAUAUAGCUAACCCAACUGAACCAAAUUUGUUCCCAGCAAGAUUGACCAGGAGGUAUUGCUUGUAUUUCAAGCCAUUGACCUUAGAUCAAGAUAAGUCGUUGUCAGUUAGACAAGUUAAAGGUAAACAUGUUGGGCAUUAUAUUACUUUGAGAGGAAUUGUAACUAGAGUUAGUGAUGUGAAGCCAAAUGUGUUGGUGGUUGCUUAUACUUGUGAUAAGUGUGGUUAUGAAAUUUUCCAAGAAGUUAAUUCAAGAGUCUUCAGUCCAUUGACGACAUGUAACUCGCCCAUUUGCUCAGCCGAUAAUGUCAAGGGUCAUUUGUUCAUGUCAACCCGUGCUUCUAAAUUUUCUAGUUUUCAGGAAGUCAAGAUUCAAGAAAUGUCAAAUCAAGUACCAGUGGGUCAUAUCCCAAGAACAAUGUCAAUUCAUGUCAAUGGGGAUUUAGUAAGGGCAAUGAAUCCUGGUGACACGGUUGAUGUAUCGGGUAUCUUUAUGCCCUUGCCAUAUACUGGAUUCAGAGCAUUAAAAGCAGGGUUAUUGACUGAAACUUAUCUUGAAGCACAGUACGUCAGACAACACAAGAAACAGUAUGAAUUGAUGCAUUUGAAUGAUUCAACUGAUGCUCGAUUGAUGCAAUUGAGAUACGGAUCUACCAAUGUGUACGAUAGAUUGGCCAAGUCAAUUGCACCAGAAAUUUACGGCCACUUGGAUAUUAAAAAGAUUUUACUUCUCCUUCUUUGUGGUGGUGUUACCAAAGAAAUUGGCGAUGGAUUGAAAAUUAGAGGUGAUAUUAAUGUGUGCCUUAUGGGUGAUCCUGGUGUUGCCAAGUCGCAGUUGUUGAAGGCAAUCAAUAAGAUCGCUCCUAGAUCAGUUUACACCACUGGUAGAGGUUCAUCAGGUGUUGGUUUAACUGCAGCAGUUUUAAGAGAUCCAGUAACGGAUGAAAUGAUUUUGGAAGGUGGUGCCCUUGUUUUGGCUGAUAAUGGUAUUUGUUGUAUUGAUGAGUUUGACAAAAUGGAUGAAACUGAUCGUACGGCAAUUCAUGAAGUCAUGGAACAACAAACUAUUUCCAUUUCUAAAGCUGGAAUAACGACAACGUUGAAUGCCAGGACAUCAAUUUUGGCAGCAGCCAAUCCUUUGUAUGGAAGGUAUAAUACGAAAUUGUCGCCCCACGAGAAUAUCAAUUUGCCAGCAGCCCUUUUAUCAAGAUUUGAUAUUAUGUUUUUAAUUUUGGAUCAACCAAAUAGAGAAAAUGACGAAAUGUUGGCUCGUCAUGUCACUUACGUUCAUAUGCACAAUAAGCAACCAGAUAUAGUUGAAGAUGUUACAAUGGACAAUGCCACGGUGGAGGAAGAGCUGACGCCAAUUGAUUCUAAAACUAUUCGAGAAUAUAUUUCGAAAGCCAAGUCCUAUCGUCCUGUUGUUCCUAAGGAAGUUGGUGAUUAUGUUGUUCAGUCAUACAUCACCAUGAGAAAAGAAUCUCAUCGUAAUGAGGGAUCCAUCAAGAAGUUCAGUCAUAUUACACCAAGAACAUUGUUGGGUAUAUUACGUUUAUCACAAGCAUUGGCAAGAUUGAGAUUUGAAGAAAUUGUCACCAUGGAAGAUGUUGAUGAAGCUUUGAGGUUAAUUGAAGUUAGUAAAAGUUCAUUGUAUGCCGACGACGAAGCAGCCAACGCAUUAUCAAGAGAAGAUGAAUCGACAACUUCAAAAAUCUUCCAAAUUAUUCGAUCAAUGGCAAUUGACGAUCGUGAUGGACUGUUGAGGCGUAACUUGGCUAUGCAAGAUAUUAAAGACCGAGUUAUUGGUAAGGGUUUUACGAUUCAGCAGUUGGAAGACUGUAUGUUUGAAUACGACGGGGUUGGAUUAUGGCAGGUUAUUGAUAAUGGAGAGACUUUGAUGUUUACCAAUGCUGCCGGUGAUGAUGAGGAUAAUGAAGAGGAUAUGAGAGAUUAG